GGAAUUCUCCCUGUUAUCCAGAGGCUUCACUGAGACUCAGGGCACUGAGCAGGAAAUCCAGGUCCUUAAACUCGCGUAACCAAAACCUUUCGAUCUGUCUGGAUUGCUGGGUUCACGUGGUAAGGCCAUGGCACAGAUAUCUAAUCAUCUAAAGGAUCCCUUAAAGGAGUCGUUUCUCACCUCAGAAGGAAGAUUGUUCCCCAGGAGUGGGAAACAAUGUUGCACACCAGGGAGUCGCCUCUCUGCAGUCUCUAACACAGCCUCCUAAAUUAUGAAAUCUCUCUUGUGGCAUCCAUGGCCCUGAGUGUCAAUAUCAAAACUGGAGAUAUAAAUAGCUGGGGAAAAAGCCUUUUUCCUAUUGCCCAGUGCAGAACUACUGAGUAACCAUGAAGAUCGUUCUCUUCAUGGUUCACCAUGGAGCUGCUGUAGCUAGUUACCCAGAAGUUGUUCUAAAAGGAGACCAAGAUUCAGAUGAAUAUUUACCAGAAAAUUUUAAUGUCCCUUACAUGGCCUAUCUGAAGUCCAGCCCAGAGCCUUGUGUUGGAACUCUCAUUGACCCUCUGUGGGUGCUCACUGCUGCUCAUUGUUCCUUACCAACUAAAAUCCGACUGGGAGUUUACCGACCCAACAUCAAAAAUGAGAAAGAACAGAUACAUGGUUACUCAUUGACUGUAGUCCACCCCAAUUUUGAUGCAAAUAUCCGGAAAAAUGACUUGAUGCUAAUAAAACUCUCAUAUCCUGCUACUAUCGACAUGUAUGUGGGGACUAUAGCCAUAGCUAUGGAACCAAUGGUAUUUAAUGAAACCUGCUUUAUACCCACAUGGACCUGGAAUCACUACAAUAACUAUAGUGAUCCUGACACUUUGACAUGGACAAAUCAGUAUUCUCGUUCCCCAAGUGACUGCUGGAAUACUCUCCAUCAACAGAGACAAGAAACGAGAAUAAACAUCAUGUGCAUAGGACAUUCAUUUAAUGUUAAAUCUUCAACUAAGGAAGUCUCAGCUGCUCCAGCCAUCUGCAGUGGGAGGGUGCAUGGAAUACUGUCCUGGGGGAAAGCAGGUAUAACCAACGGAAGUGAAGGCUUCUUCACUGAAAUUCAUCCUUAUGCAAGAUGGAUCCUAAGAGUGAUGCAUUCACACUGAGAAGUCACUCCACUCAGUGUAAAACAAUGCAGUCUCUACAGAGGAUCGACAACUCACCGUCUGUCUUAAUGAAAACAAUCCAAGGGAAACACCCAAUAAAAAAUCACCGGAAA